AUGAAUUUGGUUGUGGUUUCGUUCCUGAUAUGCACACAUGACCCAACGGAGGAAAAGGAUGAUGCCACCAAGGACGCUUUCUAUGCGGAGCUCGACCGAGCUUAUGAACGCUGUCCUUCCCAUGACAUUAAAAUUCUUCUCGGGGAUUUUAAUGCCAAGGUAGGACGAGAAGCAUCUUUGGUGCCACCGUCGGGCGAUUUAGUCUACAUGAGACCACGUGUGCGUAAUAAGGUAGUUCGUAGUACUGGAUUCCGUCAUUUGGACAUCCAUAGCGCAUCUUGGCUCUCUGCCGAUCGACUGACCAGAAAUCAGAUCGAUCAUGUUGUGAUCGAUGCAAGGCACGCAUCUAAUAUACUCGACGUGCGAUCUUUUCGGGGUCCCAACAUCGACUCUGACCAUUAUCUUGUUGCAGCUAAGAUUCGCACACGGCUAUGUGUGGCGAAGAUUGCACGUCGAAGUGUGUUAAGAAGGCUGGACAUCGGAAAGCUGCAAUCACAACAGGCGAAGAAUGCAUUCGCCACUCACGUCUCGGGGCUAUUAAGCCGAGCACCUUCAAUACCUGAAGACAUAAGCGAUAUGUGGGCGCUCAUAUCUCACUCCCUGCGAGCUUCGGCAGAAGUGCUUGGAUUCCAGCGUUCUGUAACAAGGAAUCCAUGGUACGAUCAGAAGUGUCAUGACGCAACAGCUGCAAAGGACGCCGCCUACAGAAGAACACUGCAGGCUGGGGCGACACGAGCUAUUGUGGAUGUCUACAGGUCGAGAAGAAGAGACGAAAACGCCUUUUCAGACGCAAAAAGAAAGAGCAGGAAAGGCGAGGAGGUCAAGCGUCUGACCCAAGGAUUUAAGACUGGUGCAGUGGCGUGCAGGGACGAUGAUGGAAAUCUUGUCACAGAAGCAGAGGUCGUGCUCAGUCAUAUCGAAGUCAAGGAUGCAAUCCAACGGCUUAAAAACAACAAGUCUGCAGGUGCUAACGGCCUGCCGGCAGAAUUGUUUAAGGCAGCUGGUGAUAUGUUGGUAGGGAGCAUGCACCAACCAAUCAGUAAGAUAUGGCUCACGGAGAGCAUGCCCGAAGAUUGGAACCUCAGCAUGAUCUGUCCCAUCCUGAAGAAGGGUGAUGCCACGGUGCGCACGUGA